AAAGUAAAAAAAAUAGCUAGUUUCCUGGAUAAAAUACAGUUUUACAUCAAAUUAAUGUUGUAAGCGACCCAAUUACGAAAGUGAAAGUUGACUUCAGAUUGAGAUCUCCACGAUUUUGAAAAACAAUCACAAAAUUAAGAUGCAAUUUAAAGCAUUUUGCGGGUUUAUCUCGAUAACAUGUCUUGUUUCUUUAUCGAUUACCCUUGGCCAUCUUGUUUCAUUCUUUUCAUCUCUGAAUUAUCCAGUAAAUAGUUCAGAUUCAUCGACCUUAUGGUUGUUUACAACAGACGCUACGCUUGUUGUCCUUUUUAUGUUCCAACACAGCAUCAUGGCAUCCAAGUGUUACACAAACCUGAUGGAUAACUCUGGUUUUAACAUGCUGUCAAGAUCUGUCUAUGUGUUGUCCACGUCUGUUAUUCUGCAGGUACUGAUGUAUUACUGGCAAGCCAUUCCGGAGGUGAUGUUUUGGACUAUCAACAUUUCUGAGUCUCCAAUGUUGGCCCUGUUCUUCAGAAUCUCACACUGGGUCCUCUGGAUUUUGAUGUUUCUGCAAGCUCUUGUUAUCAAGCCUUUGUAUCACUUUGGUUUGUCGCAGGUGUUUGACUUCCUUAAGACUGGUGAUGUUUACGACGACUGUCCACCCAGGCUCAAACGGCUCCUGUCUCACCUCCCCCACCCUGGGGCUCUCAGCUUCAUCGGCAUUCUUUGGUUACAGCCCUACAUGUCAUAUGACAGGAUGAUUCUCGCCACCGUUCUCACCAGCUACCUGUGUUGUGUUCUAUACACCACAGAGAGCGACUGUGUCUAUGUUGAACAGACCGUGGACAUUUCUUCGUCAACUGUGACAACAAAAAGGCAUAAAAUAAUGUCUUGAAUGGACUGAUUUUUUUCCAUUUUAUGAUUGUGGAGGGUGAAUUCUCAAUUUACAGAUUUUUUUUAAAUGCAAUAUGUACUGGUGCUUUUUAUACACUGUUUAUAUUUAUAAAGAUAUAUGCACAUACUAUUUGGCCUUAUUAAAAUAGAAUGUAAUUAUAGAUUACUGUACUUAGAGCCUUUGUUGUUAAACAAAUCUUUUUAUUUGCCCGUCAUUUAAUGACGUGUUAUGAGACUCAAGGCUGGGCAAUGUCCAUUAAGGUUUUUUCAAACCAGAUUUUAAUUGAAUUUGGUAUCAGUCAUAAUGUUAGUGGGCAUACAAUACACUCUUGGUAUUCAUAAAUUUAUUACCAUCUAGAUCACUCAAGGUGUCUUUCUCAAGAUUUCUGGGCCAUAAUUUGGACCCAUUCUCCAACUUAAAAAGUAUAUAUUUUUCCUGUAUUUUAAGUUCCAAAAUAACACAAAAAGCUUGUCCAAUUGAUAGCUAGAGCAUGCUGAAGUCUACAGUCCUCAAACUUGUUAGGGAGGUUGACCAGCAGAUGACCCCUUUUGACUUUUGAGGACAAAAGAUCACAGUCAUAGUUAACUUGUACACAAAGUCUUGUCUGGAUUACUUAUAUUGAUUUCGAGGUCAAAAGCCUUGAACACAAAAAGAUUGUCCGAUAGAUAACUUUAGUAUGCUUAGGCCUCUGAUCCUCGGGUCACUGUGACCUUGAUAAUGCUGUAUUGUAAUAGGGUAUGCCCGUAAGUCAAGAUUUCACUUGGGAGUUCAAUGAUGUACAAUAUGGAUUUCAUAGCAAUAUUUCUCGUCAUGCCCUACAAAAAUCUAUAUAUUAACGGGAAUUCAAUUUGUUUAUGUUUAAAGAGCACAGGAAAGUAUGUUUGAAAUUUGUGCUCUUCUCUGAAAGGUCAAGGUCACAUUUAGAGGUCAACGUUGUACAAUAUGGUCUGACAGGGAUUUCAUAGUUCCAAUAAUAAUUUGUGUCUCAGCUGUAGCCAUCUUCAUAUCACAUGUAUGUGACAGCUCUAGUUGUCCUUGAGGUGUCAAAAUUUUAGUAAUUAACAUUUUCUGCUCUCUAACAGGGGCAACUUCACUUCUAUAAUCACUAAAAUUUGAUCCAUAAUUGAUUUGUUUUAUAUAUUUUCUGUUUUUGAGAAAAAUAAUUGCAAACUCCUUUUCUUAGUACAUAUUCAAACUGAAAUAUUCCAUGGUGAAAUACACUUAGCAAAUUAAGGGAAUUUGCUGUUUAUACUUUCAUUACUCAGUUGAAGUGUACUAUAUAUAUGCAUACUGUUUUGUGUAAAUGCAUUGCUCAUGUUGCUGCAUUAAAUUGCCAUAGAUAUUCAAUUAAGUGUACUUAAGUAUAAAUGCAUACAUGUAUUAAAAUAGAUUUCAGAG